AUGCUCUACGCCGGCUACUAUAACCUCUCUCGGGCUGACAACUCAGCACCAUCGUCUCGCCGGGUAUCCCAAGAAUCCACCUCCAGCGAGAAGUCGACCUCGUCCUCAUCGUCACAAAAGAUCAAGGCCGGUCUCAAGAAGAUACUGGAAGAACUCCGACCAACGACAGAGCCCCUGACGCCCGCCGGCAUCUAUUCGCCCAUCAUCAAGCAAGAGCAGCUGUCCAGCCGCAAGCAGAGCACUGCCAGCGGCACCUCCUCCCACGUCGAGUUGACGAAAGCAUAA